AUUAAGGGGAUUUCCGAUAUUUUGGCCUCAUAGCACGUGUUGACACUGGGGCCAAAACAAAGUGUUUCAUGAUGGUUACUGCUUGCUGUGUGAGAUGUGUAUUGGUUUUAUUAUCGAUAUGUCCAAGUACUAUAACUCAGAAAGAACCACCCGAUGUUUCCAAAGGACAGAGAUCACCAUUAGAAAUGUAUAAAAAAUUAUUCCAAGAACACAGAGCACUACAACUUGAAGCUGUGAAAUCCAUCCAGAACUUUGGAGAAUACAAACAACGAUAUAAACUUGUUGAGCUGACGCUUCAGAAGCUUUUUACAGUCAUCAAUGAAGCCAAGGCAAAUCUAACUGUCUGGGGGUAUGUGCCUGGAGACCCUUUUCCAGAUAAUUCCACGAUCAGAGAUGGACUUUCUAAAGUGUUUGAAAAUACAGCCAUGUUUGGAGACUUAGUUCUUCGACUUCCAGACAUUGUCCAUGCUAUUUAUGAUUCAAACAAAGACUGGCAGUUUCUGAUUGGUUGGUGUUAUUGGUUUUGUAAAGAGUCAGGGGUGUUCGAUGGGACAGAUGGCAAACUCCUACAUCUGAUGGCACAAGAAGUCAACUUGAUAGAAAAAGAGGAGAAUUAUUUGAAUCCUUUCACGAUAGAGAAUCAACUUAAACAGCAAAGGCAAAAGCAUGAAGAAGUUAAAAAAGACAUUAAAAUAAAGAAGAAGAAAAAGGAAAGGAAGAAAGGACCUCAAAUAACUAGGGUUGAUCUUUGAAUGGGGGAAG